AUGGAUCGAAGACGAUUAGAGAGAUACGCGUGCAUCAAGUUUCCGAAGAUGAUGUUAGGACCUGCUUUCCAAUUUGCGGACUGGAUCAUGGAUGCGACAAAGCUGGAAACAGGAGAGCUUGCACUUGCAUUUGCACACAACCAAGUUCAAGUUUACAAUAUGGAGAAUGAAAAGCCCGUCCUUGUUCAUCACGUACAAUGCCAGGUCAAAUGUAUCCUAUACUCGGCAAGAUUCAAUGGCACAACGCGAGACAAUUUGGUACUUGGAGCUGGAACAGUGUUCAACGAAGUUCAUGUAUGGAAGGUCUUUGAGUUGGAUGACAAUCGAGAUGGCGUUGUCGUGCAUCGUUUGGUCGGCCAUGAAGGUGUGAUAUUUGGUGUACGAUUCAGCAAUGAUGGUUCCAUGUUGGCGAGUGUAUCUGAUGAUCGCACAAUCCGUGUUUGGUCUUUGACAAAGGAGAGAAAACCAUUGGUUAUUUUCGGGCAUACGGCACGUAUAUGGGAUUGCCAAUUUGUGGAUCAAUAUCUUGUCAGCAUUUCCGAGGAUGCCACUUGUCGGGUAUGGAGAAACAUUCUGAUGGAUGACUCUGAUCAUGAUGAAGCCGAUUGUCUCGCUCGCUGGGAAGGACACGUUGGUAAAAACGUUUGGAGCUGUGCGAUUAGCCCCGAAAAGAAGAUGGUGGCAACAGGUGGUCAAGAUUCAGGAAUCCGGCUUUGGUCAUUGAUGUCCAUCCGCAACAAUAAUAUUGAAUCUGAAGAUGAUUUGGCACACAUUGCGCUUCCACCUUCUCAGCCUGAAUCGAGCUUCAUUCGCAAUUUUUCCUUGAUCGACAAUCGAUCCGCUGUCGUUUUCACCAGCGAUAGCUAUUUUCUCAAGGUCAAAGAUGGGCAAUGGUCCGAGCUUUGUUUCAAUGAUGACUUCCAGAAAUAUGCAACGAUGGAAAGCUCGCCAUGUGGACGUUUUCUUGUGGCUGGUAACAUGGGAGGACAACUGCUAAUCAUUAGCACUGAACAGCAAUUUGAGCCUGUAACGAUUACUGCACACAAGCAAAAAGUAUUUGAAAUCUAUGUCCAGGCAUCACAAGAUCCAUCUGUGUACUACAUCGUCUCCACUGCCUUUGAUGAACCAAUGCUUUUCCAUCGAUUGACGCUCCAUGAAACCAAUGCACCCACUUUGGAAACCCAAUUCGUGCUUGAACGCCCUAUUGAAAGAACCACGUCCAUGUCUUUUGCGUAUAUCGAGCAACACAGGAUAUUCUUGGCGGGUUCUCGAGAAUCAGCACUUGUGUUAUAUCAGCUACCAUGCGAUCAGACCAGCACGAUUCAAUCAGUAAAGCCAUUGAUGCAACUUCGACGUUCACACGGCAAGCAAGCUGUCAGCCAUAUCACUGUGAAACAAGAUCAUCCGCACAACAAUGAAAUUAUCUUUUGGACAACAGGGCGGGAUGGCUGCUUUGUUCAAUAUCGACUUGUUAAACAAGACCAAAAGGAUAUUGUUGAGGAGUUUGAUGACGACAAGACGCCCCUCGGUAUUGCCAGUCAAGGAGAUAAUACGGUCACAAGCCGCGAUUGGAUGCUGGAAAGAGUGUAUCGCAACAGAGUGACAAAGGGUUGGCUUGAGGAUGCAAUUUGGGUGGAUAAUGAGCUCCUUUUGCUGGGUUUCUAUCGCAAGCGCUUUUUUGUGUACAAUGAAUCCAAGAGCUAUGAGAUGAUCUCCGUUGCAUGUGGUGGUGCACAUCGUCGAUGGCAAUUCAAAGCUUUGGACUCUAAGCUAAAUCUCGCUACCUUUGCGUUUAUCCGAAAAGAAAAGCUGUAUGCCUACUUUAGAGACGGCUCAUCGAUCAAUGAUGGCUUUGAUGAAUCAGUACUACAGGAAAACUUCCAUGGUCGCGAUGUGCGUGCCUUGCAGUUCCUUGAUACCCUUGUUGAAGAUCAUGGAGUGUCGCCCAAACCCGUCUUAUUUGCCACAGGCGGUGAAGAUACAAUCCUUAGGAUCAAUCAAUAUUUCUCAACGCCGCAACCAUCGCACGUUACCCUGGCAAGCAUUCGAAGGCAUAAAUCGGUCAUCAAGUCUAUCGUUGUCAGCAAAGGCAUCGAUAACCUUAUUUUCACGAGUGGUGGUAAUCAAGAGCUCUGGUGCUGGAAACUUGAGUUGCUAUUGCCAAAUGACAACGAACACAAUACACCAAUGGAUGUCAAUUGUCUUGAAUGGGCUUCGUGUCCCACAGUGAGCGAAGUCAUUGAAACCCGAAUUAUGGAUAUUACUGUACAUGCAAUUGAUGCAGCACGAGGAUUACAUUUGGUGGCAGCUGGAUAUUCAGAUUCAACUAUUCGGGUUUGGCUUUUCAAUGAAGUUACUCGACGCUUUUCACUCCUUGCAGAUGGAUCAUGGCAUACCCGUUGUAUACUUCAGACUGACCACCUUGUGAUUCCAGGAUCAAAUGGAAAGCGGGAUCGGAUUCUAUUCUUUACCACGGCUACCGAUGGAAGAAUCGCCGUAUGGGAUAUCAGUGACCGCUUAUACGAAGCCAUUGAGGAUGUUGCAGCACUCGAAGAAGAUCCCAUGAGUACGGCAACCAAAUUUACGGAGCCAGUGUACUUUUAUCGAGCACAUCAAUCGGGAGUAAAUGGCCUGGCGGUGGCAUUACAAAAUGAUACUAUUAUCAUUUUCACUGGUGGCGAGGAUAACGCUAUUGCAGCUGCAAGGUUAAGGAUCAAUGACGCAGGUGAUAUCACUCCAAUGGAGGAUCCAUUUGUAAUUCCUGGUGCACAUGCAUCUUCAGUUACAGCUGUUGCACUUAUCCGGAACAAUACCACUGCACUCUCGAUAUCAACCGAUCAGCGCCUUAACAUGUGGUCCUUGGAAAUGGAAGACGAUAUGCAAGUGAAGAUGAUCGAUGCUGCCUUUGUUGAUGUUCCUGAUCCAUCAUCGAUGAAUGUGACAGAAUACCAGUCACGCACGCAUGCAGCAUUAGCAGGUAUUGGCCUGGAGAGUUUUGUAUUCUAG